AUGGAGAAUAGUUAUAUAAGUGAAGAUUUUUCCCCCAAGGAAGAUUAUGAUUCAAUAAGUGUAGACACCGCUUCAGUUAGUGAAUCUGUAGAAAAAGAAGAUAACAUAGCCAACAAUGAGAAUUAUGUCCAAACUGAAGAGGUUGUUGUUCUAGAAGCAAACAAAGAAAGUGAGCUGAAAGAUGAACUAUGUAUUGGCAUGGAGUUUAGCUCUGAUGAGACUGCUCAUACAACUUACCAAAAGUAUGGAGGCAGUCAUGGUUUUGACGUAAGGAAACAACGAAGGACGAUAAAAAAAGAGAAGGUAGUAAGGCUUCGUUAUGUUUGCUCAAAGGAGGGGUAUAGGAAAGAAACUAAUGACGAAAAAUCUUAUUCACAACCAAUCACACGCUGUGGUUGUAAUGCUCAUAUGACGUGCUACCUACAGAAGAACGAAAGAUAUAAGAUUGUGUCUUUUGAGGAGAACCAUAACCAUGAUUUAGUGAGGACACCUAUGAAGCAUUUGUUAAGGGGCAAUCGUGCAUUAUCUAUCUCUAAAAAAAAACAUGCUGAUGAUGCUGAGAUGUCAGGAAUUUCAGCAAAAGCAACUGUUGAAAUGAUGAGUAGAGAAGUUGGGGGACGAGAAAAUCUGGGGUUUUUGGCGAAAGACUAUCAAAAUUACAUAUACCGAAAGCGAAUGGCAAAAAUGGAAAAGGGAGAUGUUGGAGCACUUGAUGAAGAUGAUAUGAUCACUAAUAUCUUUUGGGCAGAUGAUCGGUCUAUAAGUGAUUACAAUCUUUUUGGAGAUGUUGUUUGCUUCGACACAACUUAUAAGACUAACGAGUAUGAUAGACCCUUUGCUCCAUUUGUCGGAGUUAAUCAUCACAAGCAAACUGUAGUGUUUGGUGCUGCUCUUUUAUAUGAUGAAACUAUUGAGUCAUAUAGGUGGCUUUUCGAGACUUUUCUUGGAGCAAUGUCUGGAAAACAACCAAAAACAAUUCUGACUGAUCAAUGUGCAGCAAUGGCGAAUGCAAUAGUGAAGGUAUUUCCUGAAACAAAACAUAGGUUAUGUGUUUGGCAUAUUUAUCAGAAUGCUGCAAAGAAGUUGAGUCAUGUAUUUCAUGGAGCAGAACAAUUUGCCAUGGACUUUAGUAAGUGUGUAUAUGACCAUGAGGAAGAACAAGAUUGGUUAUUGGCAUGGAGUGAUAUGCUCGAGAAGCAUAAAUUGACGGAGGAUAAAUGGUUGAAGAAUUUGUUUGAGCUCAAAGAAAAAUGGGCAAUGGUAUAUGGACGUCAUACUUUUACAGCAGAUAUGGUGAGCACACAACGUAGUGAAAGUAUGAAUAAUAUAUUGAAAAAAUAUUUGAAGCGUAGUUAUAACUUGUUGUGCUUCUUUGGACACUAUGAGAGAGUGUUGGAGGAUCGAAGAUACAAGGAAUUGAUUGCUGACUUCAAUAUGAUGCAUACCUCGCCGGUAUUAUGUGCUAAUGUAGAAAUGUUGCAACAUGCACAGGAAGUGUAUACGCCUGAAGUUUUUAGCUUGUUCCAGAGGCAAUAUAUAGUUAUCGGUGAUUAUGUUGCUACAAAAGUCAGUAAGUCUGAGAUGGUGUAUGAAUACAAAGUAUCUUAUCGUGGUGUGGCACGAGAGCAUUUGGUUAAUUAUGAUGCUAUAAGCCAAACAAUACAUUGUGGUUGCAUGAAGUUUUCUUUUGCUGGGAUCUUAUGUCGUCAUGCAUUGAAAGUGCUGGACAAGAAAAAUGUUAGAAGAAUUCCAUCUACAUACAUUCUAACUCGAUGGAGCAAAGAGGCAAAAACACGAAGAAUAUCUUAUUAUCAUCCGAAGACAUUUGAUGAAAGAGAGAAGCAAUCGAUUGGAAGGCGAUACAGCCAUAUAUGUCGUACUUUCCGUGAAAUUGCAUCUGUUGCUGCUGAUCAUAUAGAGUUGACGUUGUGCGCAAAUGAAGAUGCCAUUCAAUUGCUUAGAAAAUUGGAGGAAAAGAAAAAAGAACUUGUGAAAGCUAAUGCAUGGAUGCCCCAAAGCUCAGAUGUUGGACUUGUGGAAGAAGAAGAAGAAGUAGAAGACAAGGAAGUUCCAAAUGCACGUGGAAUAAAAAGAAAAGCUUCUGUUGGACGACCAAAGAACCAAAAAGUUGGUCCCCAUGGUCGAUACUUGAAUGUUCUUGAAGACACUACUCUUACUCCAGAUACUCAAUUAUCUGUUACUACCACUAGUCCGACCUUACAUCAUGAGUCAUUUAUCUCACAAGUGUUCAAGGAAUAUGACAAGAGUUAUGGUGGUCCAUCUUAA